AACAGCAAAAGUGAAAAAAAAAACAGAUAAGAAAGCAAGAGGAGAAAAGCAACUGGAGAAAUGUAGAGAAAAGCUAGAUGUACAGAGAGAUGAAGGACAGCAAGGUAGGGAGAGGGGCAGCAAAGAGAGAGGCUCAUCAGAGUGAGGGAGAGGAGGAGGGAUUUGGAGCCAGGACAGACAGAGCAGAGUGGUGCUGGUGGCAAGGAGAACAGAGGGAGAACCACAGCAGGGAGGACACCUGGGGAUCUAGGCUGCCAGAGAGUGGGGUCAGGGGGGUGUAACAGGGAAGAGAGAAUUUAACGGGGAGAGCAAGGAGGCACAGAGAUGUUGUUGCAGGAAACUGAGGACGAGAGAGACUGAUAUGGGGGAGACAGGAGGAUGUUUAUUUAAGGUACGCACCGGCCCAGUGGAUUUACAUCUAAAAAACUGAGCACUGACUCAGUGGAUUUACAUCUAAAAAGCUGAGCAUUUCAACAAGCACAGAGUGGGUUUUUUUUGCUUUCAGAAGCAGAGUAAAAGCAGUUAAUCAUAUAAUAAUAGGUCACGUAAUCUAUAGCAUAGCAUAACUUGUGUCCUUCCAUAGCUGGUGGCCUUGUAGCUGCAUUGAAAGAAAAACAAGAACAGCGAAAUGCACACAUUUGUCCUUUUUUUUCUUCAUCCUUGUUCUGGAGGUGGGGGUGUCAGGAGCCCAUUCCUUUGGCUUCAACUUCUCAAACAGCCUUAUCUCAUAAUUGUUCUUGAAGUGAGCUCCCUAGGCAGAGGAAAACUUCCUCUUUUCUUUUUAACCCUUGCCUUGCCUGUUAGUUUUCCUGGAGUGAAUGAAUGCAUUUUUUUUUAAAUUUCUGCUUCAGUUUCCUCCCUUAGAUGCUUUUUAUAAUCAAGAUUUUAAUAGAAAGCAUCACUAUUACUGGAUUCUUCAUGAAAGAGCAGGUUUUCUUCUUUAGGCACAGACUGAUAUUUAUACAGAGCUAUUAGCUGAGUGGUAGUCUGCCGGGUCACAAUUGCUUCUAUAGUUGAUUGAAUGCUCUUAACAAGGAGAGGUAAGAGGCAAGGGAGUAUUAAACCAAUUCUUAGUAUUUCUAGAACUACUCCUAUUAAGGUUUUGAAUCUACUGAAGGAGGAAAACCGGCCUCUAAAGAGGGACCCGGGAGUCUAUUUUGUCUAAGUCUGGACUGGAACAUGGGCUAAUUUUUUCAUUCUGGCAGUUAUUUCUAUAACAGCCUUCCUAUUGUCAUCGAUUUCUAGGCAGCAAUUAGUUAGAUUAAACUUUCUACAUACUCCUCCUUCCUGGGCUAGGAGGUAGUCGAAAGCUAAUCUAUUUUGGUAGAUGGCAUUUCUCAUUUUCAUGGCUUACUGGGCCAGUUUCAUCAGUGAUGAUUUCAAGUACUGCUUGCAACUUUAUGAUGUGGUUAAGUGUGUAAAUUGGGGUGCGAUACCCUUAUGACUUAUCUUGUGCCCAGGUAGCUGGCCUAGAGUACAGAAUUAGUCUUUCAGGGGGCCAGUCUGUAUCUUUCUAAUCUUCUAUUUUUAUGUCUUUUCUUAUGUCUAUAUCUCUUUUGUUUUUUCUUUGAUUUUAUUUUAGACAGGAUACCUUCAAGUUUCUCCCUGUUGCAGUGGGAGUGAGAAGAAACAUGGUCUAAUUGUUUCAAGUACACAAGCUCUUAUCCUUUUUCCUGGCAACUGUCAGUAGGCCCAUGGCGCGCAGUUCUAAUAGAGACCAGAGGGUGCUUGCCAGGUAUUUGGAGCUUCAAGCUGAUACUAGGUGUGGUUUAGAGAAGAGAAACGGGAGAAUGGCUUUGGAUGAGGUGAUCUGGAGUCAUCUUUGCCUUGCCACAAACUUUUCUUUAGUGUUUUAUUAUAAUAUUGCUGUCUUAAACAAGUUAAUUCUUCUACUGAGCCCGUAAAAGCGUUUCCUUAGUAAGCAAGACAGUAUCUCCUGAUAAUAGAAGUUUUUAAGAGCUAGGCCCUUGAACUUGUGGGCGUUGGUUCAAGUCAGGGGAAGAGUCAGUUAGAAUUAAAUUAUCUUGUGGCAUUAACGCUUUUGCUUCUUAAGGCCAGUGGUCUCCUAUGUUAGUCCUUCUACAAACAUAACAUGAGGAAAUGCUUAAGCUGCUAGCAGUGUUUUCAGCCAGCCGAGCAAACAGGCUUUUAGCUAAAGGAGGAGGCCCUGGUAACUUCUGGUCUACAUGCUUAUGGAAUGAUUUAAAGAUUCGGAAUUGUUGCUGGGCCGGAAGGGUCAGGGUUCUUUUUUUGACAACAUAUAGGCAAGUUGCUGGGUAGGGGUGUGUGUGUGACAUGUAUGGGGUAACCUGCAGUCCACACGGGUAAAUCUGGCUUUAGAAUGGUGAAAUUUACAGAAUGACAGGUUUUUGUUUCACAAUCUGGUUUUACCGGCAUUUUGGUAAGCAUAAUUUUCCUUUGUUGUGUCCUGGGGUGCCACGAUAUGCAAUACUGACAAUCUUUUUCUGGGGCCUCAGAGGGACAAGGUGGCAUGCAUACUUAUUUGUAGUCAUUUCUGUAGUAUCUUUGUAUAGGUGGGUGGGUUACCACAGACAGAUGAGUCUAGGUCUGCUGCUUGACAAGCAUCAAAAUACAGAGAAAUAGGCCCUCGGUAAAAGGGAAGGACCUUGAUUUGGUUUCAGAGGGAACUUUCUUUUGACCUUGCACAAAUUUUAAACUAUUCACCAGGUGAAAACUUGGAGUUAUGAGAUACAUAAGGUUGGUUAUUUUCUUGGUCACAAAUUGAGUAGAUUGUCUAAGUACAAGUUCUUUUUUUUUUUUUUUUUUUUUUUUUCGAGCUGGUGUUUCACUCUUGUUGCCCAGGCUGGAAUGCAAUGGCACAAUCUUGGCUCACUGCAACCUCCACCUCCCAGGUUCAAGCGAUCCUCCUGCGUCAGCCUCCAAAAUAGCUGGGAUUACAGGCAUGCGCCAACGUGCCUGGCUAAUUUUGUAUUUUUAGUAGAGACAGUGUUUCUUCAUGUUGGUGAGGCUGGUCUCGAACUCCUGACUUCAGGUGAUCCACCCACCUCAGCCUCCCAAAGUGCUGGGAUUACACUAGAUGUAAAGCGGGUCAUGUCAGUCCCUGGCACGGAACCCUCCACCGGCUUCCCGUGUUCCCCAGGACAAAAGCCCAACUCUUCACCACUCUUUGUACGUGAGGAAGAAACCCGGAAGAGGAAGAGGAAAGCAAAGGAGUCAGGGAUGGCUCUUCCUCAGAGUCUGUUGACAUUCAGGGAUGUGGCCAUAGAAUUCUCUCAGGAGGAGUGGAAAUGCCUGGACCCUGCUCAGAGGACUCUAUAUAGGGACGUGAUGUUGGAGAAUUACAGGAACCUGGUCUCCCUGGGUAUCUCUUCCAAAUGUACACUGAAGGAGUUCUCAUCAACAGCACAAGGCAAUAGAGAAGUGAUCCACACAGGGACAUUGGAAAGACAUGAAAGUCAUCACAUUGGAGAUUUUUGCUUUCAGGAAAUUGAGAAAGACAUUCAUAACUUUGAGUUUCAGUGGCAAGAAGAUGAAAGAAAUGGCCAUGAAGCACCCAUGACAAAAAUCAAAAAGUUGAUGGGUAGUACAGAGCAAUAUGAUCAAAGUCAUGCUGGAAACAAGCCUAUUAAAGAUCAGCUUGGAUCAAGCUUUCAUUCGCAUCUGUCUGAACGCCAUAUAUUUCAGCCCAAAGGGAAAAUUAAUAAUCAAGUUGAGGAGUCUAUCAGUGAUGCUUCCUGGGUUUCAACAGCCCAAAGAAUUUCUUGUAGGCCCAAAGCCCAUAUAUCUAAUAACUAUGGGAAUAAUUUUCUGAAUUGUUCAUUACUCACACAAAGACAGGAAGUACACAUGAGAGAAAAAUCUUUCCAAUGUAUUGAGAGUGGCAAAGCCUUUAAUUAUGGCUCACUCUUAAGGAAACAUCAGAUAAUUCAUCUAGGAGAGAAACAAUAUAAAUGUGAUGUAUGUGACAAGGUCUUUAAUCGGAAGCGAUACCUUGCACGCCAUCAUAGAUGUCACACUGGUGAGAAACCUUACAAGUGUAACGAGUGUGGCAACUCCUUCAGUCAGAUGUCAUCCCUUACAUAUCAUCGUAGACUUCAUACUGGAGAGAAACCUUACAAAUGUGAAGAAUGUGACAAAGCUUUCAGACACAAUUCAGCCCUUCAAAGACAUAGGAGAAUUCAUACUGGAGAGAAACCACACAAGUGUAAUGAGUGUGGCAAGACCUUUAGUCAGAAGUCAUAUCUUGCAUGCCAUCGUAGCAUUCAUACUGGAAAGAAACCUUACGAAUGUGAAGAAUGUGACAAAGCUUUCAGUUUCAAAUCAAACCUUGAAAGUCAUAGGAUAACUCAUACUGGAGAGAAACCAUACAAGUGUAAUGAGUGUGGCAAGACCUUCAGUCAUAUGUCAACCCUUACAUGCCAUCGUAGACUUCAUACUGGAGAGAAACGUUACAAGUGUAGUGAUUGUGGCAAGACCUUCAGUCAUACGUCAUCCAUUGUAUACCACCAUAAAUUUCAUAGUGGAGAGAAACCUUACAAAUGUGAAGAAUGUGAUGAAGCUUUCAGUUUCAAAUCAAACCUUGAAAGACAUAGGAGAAUUCACACUGGUGAGAAACCUUACAGGUGUAAUAGAUGUGACAAGACCUUCAGUCAUAUGUCAUCCCUUACAUGCCAUCGUAGACUUCUUACUGGAGAGAAACCUUACAAAUGUGAAGAAUGUGAUGAAACUUUCAGAUACAAAUCAAACCUUGAAAGACAUAGGAGAAUUCAUACUGGAGAGAAACGGUGCAAGUGUAAUGAGUGUGGCAAGACCUUCAGUCAGGAGUUGUGCCUUACACACCAUCAUAGACUUCAUACUGGAAAUAAAUCUUAGAAGUGUAAUGAGUGUGGCAAGACCUUCAGUAAGGAGUUAACACUUACAUGCCAUCAUAGACGUCAUACUGGAGAGAAACCUUAGAAGUGCAAUGAGUGUGGCAAAACCUUUCAUAGGCAGUCAGCACUUAUUUACCAUCAAGCAAUCCAUGACAGAGGGAAACUUUACAAAUGUAAUGAUUGUCACCACUUCUUCAGUAAUGCUACAACUAUUGCAAAUCAUUGGAGAAUCCAUAAUAAAGAGAGAUCUUACAAGUGCGAUAAAUGUGGCAAAUUUUUCAGACAUCAUUCAUACCUUGCAGUUCAUGGGCAAACUCAUACUGGAGAGAAACCUUACAAAUGUGAAGAAUGUGAUAAAGCUUUCAGAUUCAAAUCAAACCUUGAAAGUCAUAGGAGAAUUCAUACUGGAGAGAAACCUUACAAGUGUAAUGAGUGUGGCAAGAUGUUCAGUCAAAAUUCAGCUGUUGUAAUUCAUAAGGCAAUUCAUACUGGAGAGAAACCUUACAAGUGUAAUGAAUGUGGCAAGGAUUUUAAUCGCAAAGCAAAGCUUGCACGUCAUUAUAGACUUCAUACUGGAGAGAACGCUUACAAGUGUAAUAAAUUUGGCAAGGUUUUUAAUCAACAAGCACACCUUGCACGUCAUCAUAGAACUCAUACUGGAGAGAAACAUUACAAGUGUAAUGAGUGUGGCAAGACCUACUCUCACAAUUCAGUCCUUGUAAUUCAUAAGACAAUUCAUACUAGAGAGAAACCUUACAAGUGUAACAAGUGUGGCAAAACCUUCCAUCACAAUUCAGUCCUUGUAAUUCAUAAAACAACUCAUACUGGAGAGAAACUUUACAAGUGUAAUGAAUGUGGCAAGGUUUUCAAUCAACAAGCACACCUUGCACGUCAUCAUAGAAUUCAUACUGGAGAGAAACCUUAGAAAUGUGAAGAAUGUGACAAAGUUUACAGUCGCAAAUCAAGCCUCGGAAGACAGGAGAAUUCAUACUGGAGAGAAACCAUAAAAAUGUAAGAGUUUUUGACAAGGCUUUCAGACGUGAUUCACACCUGGCACAACAUCCUAGAGUUUACACUGGAGGGAAACCUUACAAGUGUAAUGAGUGUGUCAAAGCCUUUAGUGGGCAGUCAACACUUAUUCACCAUCAGGCAAUCCAUAGUGUAGGGAAACUUUACUAACGUAAUGAUUCUCACAGCGUCUUCAGUAACGCUACAACCAUUGUAAAUCACUGGAGAAGCCAUAAUGAAGAGAGAUCUUACAAAUGUAAUAAUUGUGGCAAAUUUCUCAGACAUCGUUCAUACAUUGCAGUUCAUUGGCGAACUCAUGCUGGAGAGAAACCUUACAAAUGUCAUGACUAUGGCAAGGUCUUCAGUCAAGCUUCAUCCUUUGCAAAACAUAGGAGAAUUCAUACAGGAGAGAAACCUCACAAGUGUGAUGAUCGUGGCAAAGCCUUUACUUCACAUUCUCACCUCAUUAGACAUCAGAGAAUCUAUACUGGACUGAAAUCUUACAAAUGUCAUCAGUGUGGCAAGGUCUUCAGUCCGACUUCACUCCUUGCAGAAUAUCAGAAAAUUCAUUUUUCAGGUAAUUGUUCCCAAUGCAGUGAAUAUAGCAAACCAUCAAGCGUUAAUUGACAUUAGAGUCAGUUCAGCAUUGACUUGAGUUUGAGUUGAGUUAACGUUGAGUUCAAGCAUUAAUUGACAUUAAAGUGUUUAUGUUAAGAGGACUAGCUGUGUGGCGUGGCUCACACCUGUAAUCCCAGCACUUUGGGAGGCCAAGGCGGGUAGAUCACUUGAGGUCAGGGGUUUGAAAUCAGCCUGGACAACAGACCUGAGCCAUCUUUCCCAGCCUGUUUUUUGUUUCUUUAACAAAAACUGAUAGGGAUUUUUAUGGGUAUUGUAUUGAAUCUAAAUUACAUUGGGUUAUAUAAUCAUUUAACAUAUUAAUUUUUCCAAACCAUCAAUAUGGGUUGUAUCUCUAUAUAUGUUUUUAAUCAUUUUGAUCAAUUUUUGUUGAUUUCAAGGUACAAACUUCUCACCUUUUUACGUUUAUUCCUAAGUAUUUCUUUAAGUUCUCCAGCAAAUGGAAGGGUGUUAAAAUUUUCUUUGAAAAUUGUUUAUUGUUAAAAUAUGGAAAUUCAACUAAUUUUUGGUGCUGAUACUGUAUUGUGCAAAUCCACUGAAUAUGUUUGUUAGUUCCAGUACUAUUUUGGUUGAGUCUGUGAUUUUCUACACAGAAGAUCAUGUCAUCUACAAACAAAUACAAUUUUACUUCUUUCUUUCUGAUUUGGAUGAGUUUGACUUCUUUUGCUAUUUAAUUGCUCUGGCUAGGACAGGCAGUGUUCAUUGAAUAGAAGGGGUGAGAGCAUUCUUGCAUCACAUGAGAUCCUAUAGGAAAAGCAUUCCAUUUUCCCUGCUUGGUUAUCUACACGUUGGUCAUUUCAUGGAUGGUCUUUCUAUUGUUGAGGUAAAUUUCCUUUUCUAUCUAUUUUGUGUAGGAUUUGUAUGAUGACUGGAUUUUGAACUUUGUGAAAUGCCUUUUCUCCAUCUAUUAAAAUGAUGUGGUUUUCAUCUGU